UUCAAAACGAUCAGCAGAAAAUGGCUCAAUUUAAGAAAACAGACACAAAAAUCUACUCCAAAACCGCCACGGUUCUCUCGCCGGACACAAUCUACUGGAAGAAGCUAGGGGUCCCAUCGUUGGUGAAGGAAUUUGGCGCCGUCGACUACAUCGAUUUCAGUCCGGUGGAACCUUACCUGUUUGCCGUGACUGCUUCAGUUCGCGUGCAAAUUUACAACCCCAUUACGAAGCUGGUUGUGAAAAACAUUACCAAGUUCCAGGAAGGUGCACACGGUGGUUCGUUUCGUAAGGAUGGCAACCUACUUGUAGCCGGUGACGAUUUGGGCAAGGUGCGAUUGUUCGAUGUGUCCACAAAAACGUUUCUACGAUUCUUCGAGGGCCACAAGGCACCGGUGCACAGGACGUUCUUCACUUCGGACGGCCAUCACGUGGCGAGCUUUUCGGACGAUCGAACCGUCUGUCACUGGGACAUUGCAACCGAGGAACGACUGCACACGUUCGCCGAGCAUUUCGAUUAUGUGCGUGCAGGUUGCACCAGCCCGGUGAGCCAAAACAUCAUACUCUCCGGAGGCUACGACCGUAAAAUUAACAUGUACGACACAAGAAUGAAGGAAUGCGCUUUGUCGGUCGAUCACGGCCAUCCGGUAGAGUCGGUGGUGUUUCUGCCCAGCGGUGGUAUUUUCAUCAGUGCUGGUGGCACUUCGGUGAAUGUGUACGAUGCCCUCGCUGGGGGCCGCAAACUCGCACAGUUAUCCCAGCACCAUAAAACGGUCACUUGCCUGCAACUGGCCAGCGAUGGGAAGCGUUUGUUCUCCGGCAGCUUAGAUCGUCACGUGAAGGUGUACGACAUUGCAACCUACCAGGUAGUGCACACGAUCGACAGUUCGAACGCGAUCCUGAGUCUCGGUAUCUCGAAGAACGACGAUACGUUGGUGACGGGCAUGGUUGACGGUUUGUUGGCGAUCUAUCGCCGCGAAGUGGACCCACGGGAUAAGGAUGAAAAGGAGGACAAAGGCGGCCGUUCACGGCGCAAUAGGUAUCAUCAAAUCUUUACGUCGACCGACGAGCAGAUGAAAGAAAUUCAGCACGAACGGAUCGAAACACACGAUCGGAUGUUGCGACAGUACGAGUACGCAAAGGCGCUAGACUCAGUGAUGGUGCCGAUGGUUGUGAGCAAAUGGCCGGAAAAGACGGUCGCCCUGCUGAAGGAACUGAUACGGCGGAAAGGCCUUCACCGGGCGUUGGCGGACCGGAACCAAAACUUCCUGACGACGUUCAUACACUUUAUCACACGACACAUCGGAGAUCAUCGGUUUACGCCAACACUGGUCGAUGCGGCCAACGUGCUGCUGGAUCAGUACGAGGAUAAGUUCGGCGAGUUUACCGGUACCGUGGUUGGCAAGAGUUUCAUGACACUGGCGGCCAAGCUCAAGGACGAAGAACAACUCGUGGAAGAGUUUCUUAAUGUACAAGGAAUGCUGGACAUGAUAUCCGUCGCGGCUGACGUAACGGAACCGGAAAGCCCUGCCGAUGGCAGCUCAGCGUACGAUGCAUCCAUGAACGCCCAGAACCAAACGGUGAUAUCGAUCGAAUGA